GACACUAGACAGCAAAGAAACCGGUUUGCUGCAGGCAGUUUGGUGCAUAGACAUAUUAUGUCUAUGGUUUGGUGGCCUGUAAAGAAAGGAGUGGCCAAUGUCGACGUAGAAGUUAGUAGGGUUCGACGUAAGCACUGCAGGCUUGACAGAACAUACCGGUGUUUGUGCUGACCGUGGUCUGCGGCAGACGAGCGGCAUUGGUGAAGCCAACUGUGUAACGUUAGCUAGUUCUGAAUGCAUUUACCACCUGCUAUCGGUUGAGUUCGAUGGGGAUUGCGAACUAGUUUGUUAAAGUUAGCUAAUAAGAACUUUUGUCGAUACCUUAGCCUGCUAAGUUACGCGCGUAACUUAUUUUAGCAUAACGUUAGCUUGCAGAGCAACGUUACGUUGCUUCUGGCAGUAAUAUCUUUCAAGUCAUGCUCAUGUUUUAUUGAACUAAUGUUAAUCUUAACAGCAAAUCAUUAAACAAGGCUCCCAAACAUUUCGCCAUAACUAAACUUGUUCGGUUGUUACGGAUUGGUAUUUUCCAGUUUAUCAAAACACUAACUACACGCUAGACAUUAAACGUUUCCGUUACAAGUAGCUAGCUUGUUCGCUGCGUUAAGUAACCUUUAGCUUAGCUGUCGCUACACUAGCGCCGUAAACUACCCUAACAUUAGUUAUUUUAGCUAAAUAGACACCAAAUAUUUUUUUUAAUGUAACUUUACCACACCGCACCGAUAGGUUAAACAAUAUGGUAUAACUUGCAAUACGCCUUUAAAGUGAUAAUAGGUAUCACAAAGUAUGCAACAUAGGCAGCAUUACUGACUGGAACACCGCUAUCGCUAGUUAGCUAGCACUACAGCUGCCGCACCGUCAAACUAUCUUAAAUAGCUAGCAGGCUACCACUCUACCAGCAUGACCACCCUACCACUCUUGCCUCCUCACACUGACAGAGUCGGUCCUUAAUUGGCGACCUAAAGAAUUGUUAAGUUUAGUCCACAUCAGUCAUCACGACGGCGAAAGAGAGAGAGGAAUCAGCACCCAUUCUGCAGGCUUCAGCUGCAUCCCCUCCUUCCAGAAUGGAGCUGGCUUUGCAGCAGAGAGGGACAGAGGUGUAACAGGGAGAAAUGCAAGAGAAACAGGACUCUCCAGCCAAAGCCAGCGGUGGCCCGGGAAAGGCCCACCCGGCGCUGAAAGCCUUCAUGUGCGGCUCCCUGAGCGGCACCUGCUCCACGCUGCUCUUCCAGCCGCUGGACCUGGUCAAGACGCGCCUGCAGACGCUUCAGAACAACAUGGGCCCGGGGGCUCCCAGGGUCGGCAUGGCGACAGUGUUCCUCAAUGUCAUCCGCACAGAGCGGCUGCUGGGGCUGUGGAAGGGCGUCUCCCCGUCCUUCAUGCGCUGCAUCCCCGGUGUGGGCAUCUACUUCAGCACCUUCUACUCGCUGAAGCAGCACUACUUCCUGGACCGCGCGCCAAAUGCCGGCGAGGCCGUGCUGCUGGGGGCCGGCGCUCGCUGUGUGGCAGGGGUGGCCAUGCUGCCCGUCACCGUCAUCAAGACCCGCUUUGAGAGUGGCCGAUAUAACUAUGUGAGUGUUUUUGGGGCCCUGCGCAACGUGUGUGAGACGGAGGGGCCCAGGGCGCUGUUCUCUGGCCUGACCGCCACCCUCCUCAGAGAUGCCCCUUUCUCUGGCAUCUACGUCAUGUUCUACAGCCAGGCCAAGAGGUCUCUCCCACCGGAGGUGGCGUCGUCUGCGUUUUCCCCGCUGGUGAACUUUGGCUGUGGUGUGGUGGCGGGUGUGUUGGCCUCUCUGGCUACACAGCCAGCGGACGUGGUGAAGACUCAUGUGCAGGUCAGCCCAGACCUGCACCCUCGCACUGCUGAUGCUGUGCGCUUCAUUUACACGGAGCACGGCUUGAGUGGGUUCUUCCGGGGCGCAGUGCCUCGCUCCCUGCGGCGGACCCUGAUGGCCGCCAUGGCCUGGACUGUCUAUGAGCAGCUCAUGGCACGGAUGGGGCUCAAGUCCUGAGAUCACGCUGGACUGCACUGGGAAGUGUGGUGUGCAGAUGGGAUUUUAUACAGAACUGAGUGGUGUGAUUGAGAAGGGGGGUGUUAGUAUGGAGAGAGAGAGAGUAUUUAUGCUUGAUGUGUAAGUGCAAAAAAUAUAUAUUUUUUUCACUCUGGAAGGACAAGUGUGUAUGAGUUUGAUGACGGUGAGUGCAGGAGUGUCUACAGAAGUCUUUGUGUUGAAAUAAUUUUCAACAUGAGUGAGUGAAUGUGUGUGUGUGUGUGUGUGUGUGUUUGUGCUUGUGUAGUGUUCCCAGGACAAUUGACUGUGUUUAAUCCUAUGUUCCCAGUCUUGUAAUGAACUGCAUGCCCUGAUACCAGACACCAAACUUUACCAACCUGUCGCUCCUAGAAAUGCGUCUCAGAUAAGCACUUAUCUCUCUAAAGGAUGCAGACAACCCAGAGGGGGAGAGGUGUGGUCUAGACAGAAGAAUACACAAGCUCAGACAAUCAACAAUCAAGAUUUAAAUGCAGUUUUCUACAUGAAAAACCCAGCGGGUUAUGUCUUCUAACAACUUAAGGCACAUACUACUAUGUUGCUAUGCUAUGUGGUACAGAUUGCUAAAUCCUUUGCUGAGAAUAGGAGUGAACUUUGAACAUACUGAAGCUGUUUAAGGAUUUACCCUGAGUUUUUAAAGUUUAUUUUUAUUUUUUUUUUGCAGUGUGAAUCCAGAUAAUGCCACUAAACCAUUUGAGUAAAUAGUGGUGCCAUUUUCUUUUGUUUCCAACAGUCCUGUGCAUUGCCUAGUUGUCCCAUAAUCCUUUGCAUUACCAAUUUCUGCCUUUAUGUCAUUGAGUUUCAUUGCACUUCCAUCCUUGCAACUGCAAGGGAAUCUUAGCCUGUUUAACCCAUUCCUCCUCAAAAUUGAUCCAAGGAAUCUUGGAGCUCUUAUGUCCCAUUUGGAUGUGGCUGGUGCUUUGUGAUGUGAAUCGUUGUGUGGAACUUCCCUCAUCACCUUGGGUGUCAUCUGUGUAUAUACAGUUCAGUUCAAAACACUGGAGUAUGGACAGAAAACAUGUUGGACAUAUGACAUGAGCCUUAUCUUUGUAAAAUCACUGAAAAGAUGACUGGCUUCAUCUUUUUAAGUUUUGGCGGCGAAUCAGAAGUCUGCCUCUUGGUGGCGAUCUGGGAAUCUGCCUCUUGGUGGUGAACCAGAUGUCUGCCUCUUGAUGGUGGUUAGGUUAACUCCUCACGCUCAGUCAGACCACGGCAUUCCUACCUUGACUGGAGCACUUCCUUGUGAAAAGCUCCUUUCAAGGUGGGCAAUUUUGCAACAACCUAACUUGGUGGCACUGUGCAACAAGAUAGUGUGGGUUCUGUCAGGAUUUAACAACUGACAACAACCCCCAGACUGGCCGGAGAUGCCCAACAAGCGGACGGCAGAACCUGGGAUUUAGUGUCAUUCUUUUUCAUUGCCUUUUCCCUUGAGGUUGUGAAUGGGUCAUAGCCAAAUCCCAUCACACAUAACGUGCAAUUGUGCUUUACUAUGUUACAGGGUGAAGUAAACGUAUUCCAUUUAUUUGUGUAUGCGUACACAUGUUGACUUUAGUACUGGAUGUGAUCUGGUGUCUUGGUUCUUGUGCAGACUGAGUGUUCACAUCUACCUGGUUGUGCUAGAUCAGUGCCAUUCAGUGGACGUCUGCCUUAGCCUUUUUGGAAUCUGCAUUCAUCAGUGUUUUUGUCCUGAUGGUUGUUGUAGAUAUUGUCUGUCCGUGGGGGUGUUUUUUUUUUUUUUUUAAAUGUUGUCUCUUAUUUGUUUAUCUGUGAAUAAAUUUGCCACCCUUUUGA